UGGGACCUCGCUGCAGCCAGAAUAAUUACUAGAAUAUUCUGCAUUCUGCUUCAGACACCAACACUAGUUGGAGGAAAAUCCGUCUCCACUCGGUCCUGGGAUGUGUAAAAUUUACCACGGUGGUGUCAGGAAUUUCAUACUUUGCUUCCAAAACAGCUAAACAACCUGGGGGCCAGAGUGAGGAGCCUGAACCAUCCCAACAGCCUGCCUUGGGGCAGAGAAUCCGCAGGCUUGCUCACUCACCCUCCUCCUUUUGUCUGUAGCCUCCCUCUCCUUUUCCACCAAUUCUGGGACGUGAAUCUGCACUCUCCUCUCUAUAUUCACGCCGGGGCCUUGGGGAAGGAUGCCCAACGAGCAACGGCAAUUGUUGCUGAAUUUUGGGGGAAUAUUUGUGCGCCCGGUCUGACCACGACAAGGAAUGCCUGGCUGGCAUGAAUAAAGUGUGCCUGCUUGGAUUGAGACAGAGUGCAGGAUUAUGUUGGUUGAGGCGUUUGCGGCAGUGCUGGUCUAUUUUGCCGUGAAAAAUGUUGAAGUAUCAGCGGACUCUGCGAAGGCAUGCUGGCGAGGUAACCAGUCUGGUUGGGGCAACAGGACCUGUCUGGCCCCAGAGCCAUAUGUGAUUUAUGGCCAUGGUCAGGCCAUAUACCGGAUGGACCUGGAUGGACGGAACCAAAGAAGGAUUGUGGCUGGUGUUGGAAACUCAAUUCUACUGGACUUCCACUACAUAGAGAAGAGAGUCUACUGGGUCAAUACAAAGACAGGGGUCAUCUACAAAACAGCAAUGAAUGGAACAAAGACACAGAAGCUAUAUUCGUCUGAGAAAGGCAUCUCGGGCCUUGCGGUCGACUGGGUUCACAACUUUGUCAUCUGGACCUGUGGAGAGAAGGGAACUAUCAAAAGAGUUGAUACAAAUGGGAAAAACGAGAGGACUCUUUUAAGACGUUUAUCUCAUCCAAUCUCCAUAGCUGUUGCCCCAAAUGACAGGUUCAUAUUCUGGUUAUCUGAUGGCAUCACACCCAGCAUCCAGAGGUCCGAUUUAACAGGAAAGAUGAUCACAACAGUGCUAAAGAUCCCGGAGAGACUGGGAGCGCUGGCCGUCGACCGGACAGACAAACGGCUGUUCUGGGUCCAGUUCAGUCCUGGGGGAGAAAGUGCCUUUGGAUCGUGCGACUACAAUGGGAAUGUUAUUCAUGUCAUUGCUCAGCCGCUACACAGGACGUCUGUGGGAAUUUCCGUGUUCCUGGAGCACAUCUACUACAAUGAUGAGAGGACACGCACUAUACGACAAGUCAAUAAAUACUCAGGGGGGGAUGCAAAAAGUGUCAACCCAAAACGAAUGGCACACCCCCCUAUGCAUAUCAAGGUGGUUCACCCUCUAAACCAACCAGCUAAAGACUCCACCCCUGUCUUUCCAGCGUGUGAUGGUCGCACAGGGGCAUGUGUGAAUGUGUGCUCCAACCCAGCUGAUCAAGGGGGCUGUCAAUGCACCGAAGGCUUUGCCCUUAGCAAACAAGGGAACUACUGUGAAGAUGUCAAUGAGUGCGGACUGUGGGACCAUGGCUGUUCUCUGGGCUGUGAGAACAUUCCAGGCUCCUACUUCUGCACCUGCCCCAAGGGCUACGCCUUGCUCCCAGACAGAAAGACCUGCCGAGAGACGACCCCAUGCCCAGCCAACGUGACCCGGUGUGAUCACGGAUGUCUAGCCGCCGACGAGGGGACCAUCUGUGUGUGUCCGGAGGGCUCCGUAAUACAGCCGGAUGGACAGUCCUGCACAGGCUGUUCGUCCUCAGACCGAGGAGGAUGCAGCCACCUGUGUGUCCCGAUCACCCCCGGCCGAUGGGAGUGUGACUGCCUUCCCGGCUACGAGCUCCACCGAGACGGCAAACGCUGCAGAGCCAUCGGACCCCCACCUUAUCUGCUGUAUGCCAACAUUGUGGGCAUCAGACAUGUGAACCUGGAUGGGACUGGCGACCACAGUGUUAUGGAGGAGCCCAGAGGAGCACUGAAAGCUCUAGACUAUGAUCCAGUACAAAACAAAAUGUAUUUUGCCAGUACAGUAGUAAAGCAGAUUGAGCGGGCUGGUUUGGAUGGCGGGUCCAGGGAGAUUCUGAUCCCUGAGGGGUUGGACUCACCAGAGGGUCUGGCUGUGGACUGGGUCAACCGAAAGCUUUACUGGACCGACCGAGGCCUUUCAAGUAUUGAACGUAGCACCUUGGAUGGCUUUGGCAGACUGAGCGUUGUUAGCAGAGGGAUACAGAAACCACGAGGAGUCGCGGUUCAUCCUUCAGCCAAGAAGUUGUUCUGGACCGACAUGGGCUCCAGCCCUGUGGUGGAGAGUGCUUCUUUGGAGGGGGGGGAUCGUGCGAUCAUUGCCAGCGCCGGCUUGGUGUCCCCCAGCGGUCUGACCAUUGACUUCACUGAGGACAAGCUGUACUGGUGUGACAGCGGCACGGGGGCGCUGGACACGUCAUCACUGGACGGCUCCAACCGACGAACCCUGACCGAGAACCAAGUAGGUCGACCUUUUGACCUGGUAGUAUUUGAGGACAGGUUGUGGAUCACAGACUGGGAGGGGCAGAUGCUCCUGAGCAUCGACAAGCGGACUGGGCUCAACCCAGAGCGUCUCCAUGGGAACGGGGUCCAACCAGCAUCUGUAGUGGUUGUCCAUCCCCUCGCCAAGCCAGGUGCAAAUGUUUGUACCUACCAAAACGGGGGCUGUGCUCAGGUGUGCGAGAGCAGGCUAGGAUUGGCCCACUGCUCCUGUCACUCACAAUUCACCCUAUCAGCUGACAACAAAGGCUGCUUGCCGACCAACGCAACAGUCCCAGAUUCGGAAGACGGGGAGUCGGCAGAACCUGUCUCCCUGAAAAACCAAACGCUGAAUGACGAGGGUGUGCCAGGCCCGUUGCCAGGUCUCUCCUCUGCCGGGGAGGUGACAGAUGAGCACACUGUCGAAAGGAGCGAACCCACGUUGUUUACUGAGAAGAUGGUAUCAGACCAGGAUGACUGCUUCUCCCUUCACUGUGACGUGAAUGCACAGUGUGUCCUGGACGGAGGGAGCCCCACCUGCCGUUGUCUAGUGGGCUUCACCGGGGACGGACAGCUGUGCCUGGACGUUGAUGAGUGCGUGUCGGAGAUGGCCUUGUGCGGCGGCCAGAGCUUGGAGUGUGUGAACACAGCUGGUGGCUAUUACUGCCAGUGUCGCUCCGGCUUCAGUUUAGAAGGACAGCACUGCACUGAUAUUGACGAGUGUAUGCUGGGGACGCAUCAGUGUGACCAGAGGGCGGAGUGCGUCAACACCAUGGGGACGUACCGGUGUGCGUGUCCAGCUGGUCACAUCACGGCCGGACACACCUGCCAAGAGCCCGCGACAACGUUUGCGUGGGCGAGCACUCGCAGCCCCGUGGACGUCACGAGCCACUGGGUGAACCCCAGCGGGGUGGAGAGCUGCCCCUCGUCUCACGACGCGUACUGCUUUUACGAGGGGGUCUGUUUCUACCUGCCUGAGAUGGAGUCCUACGCGUGCAAAUGUAUCGCAGGCUAUAUGGGCGAGCGUUGCCAGUUCAGCGAUCUGGAGUGGUGGGAACUCCAGCAGACUGAACAUCACAAGAGGAGAAACGUGGCUGUCGCCGUCUCCAUGUUGGUUCUCAUUACCUUGCUCUCCAUCGCCGCCUGCAUCACCUACUGCUAUGGAUCCAGGAAGUUCUUCCAGAACCAUUCAUCUGUGGACGACAUGAGUGAGACAAGCUCCAGUGACGUCACCAUGUCGGAGACCACAGUCCCCAGCACGCCAAGUUUCUAUGUUGUUCUGGAACACGAUGGAAAAGUCCUUCAUGUCAUGAACUGUCCAACAAAGGCGGUUUGUCCUUCUUGCUCUUCUGAAACAGAUGAAAGUUUCCUGUCAGAGCAUGUGGGGACUCCUCCCCGACUCAACCAAGGAUAUGAUUGCUCCACCCUAUUGGAUACCAACGAAACAGACACCAAUCACCUCAAGUCCAUGGACAACCUCAUCUUCCUGGAAGACCCACAGCCUGCCUCCACCACUCCUCAGCUCAUCUGAGAUCACGUCCACUCCGACAGCUGCCCUCCCAGAAUACCUUACAAUACCACCCAAUGAGAUUGUACAUACACACUCUGGAACCUGGAGACUGCUAGCCUGGAAUCCAAACUGAAUAUUAUUCAAAUAGGCGGUCUACUGGACCCCUACUGGAGAUUCACCAGACUGAACCAGUGAAUGGAUAGUGAAAUGGAGUGAUGUUCAGUGGCGUUUCCAGGCAGGGGAAACACUUGUUUCCUUUUAGUUUUGGGUUUGGUUUUAUCGGCCCUGUGUUCUUUAAUAAAUAGAUACGUUACAGAUUUUUCUGGACACCUCUUCUCAAUAGCGAAACAACAGAGCUUUCCGGGCAUAUGCAAACACAUGUAAAGAACAUUUGGGUGCCCAGAUGUGGAAGAGGCUGUUUCAACUAUGUGCUUCCGGUCAAAUCAUGAAUUAUUGUAUGGUAACUGAGAAACAAAUGUACACCUGUAAGUUAUUUUUGGUUAAAGCACAGGUUCUGAAAUAAAAUAACAUGCAAAUAAUUUGCAGAAGGUAUUACAGUUGUUAAGAAGCAAACCUGAGGAAGAGGUUUCCUGAGGGUUAGGUUUAGGUAGGCCUAUGUUAGUUAAAACCAGUAUCUAUCUUUUUGCCUGUGCUUUAGUUUCCAGGGCUUCCGACUAGGACAAAUGGUUUAGUCAUUUUUCGCUGUGUUAGGGAUGUUUCAUAUUUUUAUCAGACAAUGGCUCCAAAGUCAUAUUACAUGUCAACAUGAAGGCUUUAUAUAAAAAUAAAAAUGUAUAAGAAGUUGA